ACCAAAUUCCCAACUUCAUCAAACAAAGAAACUUGUGUUUCUAUGACAAAACCACCUCACUUUUUUUUGUGCUACAAUUCUACUUUUCAUGGCUUUUUUUUGGUACCUGCAUCAACUUGCUCAGCAUUUGUUUCACACAUGCAUACAUAGGAAAUGGAUUCACUAGAAUGUUGUCAAUGUUAUCUAGCAUCUAAUACAUAACAUCAUGAAUCCAUCCAUGUUCAGAAAAUUUUUCAGUUUUUACAACCAAGCGUAUGGAUCAAUUGACAUGGAAUUGUUCCAACUUAAUCUGUUGUUUCUGAAUUUGAGUCUUCAAUAUGCAAGUGUCAGAUACUAAGUGGGAGAGUUUUAUCAUUCAUUCUGAUCCUACCUAGUUCCAGCAAGAUUGUUUUCUGUGGACAAUACUAGUAGUCUCUGCAAAAAAACUAGGAUUUCCAUUUAAGCAUUAGAGUGUAAUAAUGUCAGUUAUUAUAACAGUGGUGCUGAUAUUUGUGGGAUUUGUGGUGCUGAUCAUAUUUCAUGUUUGUAUUUCGGAGAGACUCUCUAGGAGAGGAUCUAUGGUUGAGAGGGGUGCAAAUGGGGGAAGAAGCAUGUCCAUGGACGAGUUGGAGAAGCUUCCAUGUUAUGAUUAUGUUGCCAAAGGCAACACAAGUAGCCCUGUGGAUUGUGCAGUUUGCUUGGAGAGCCUCAUCACUGGAGAUAAGUGCAGAUUGUUACCUAUGUGCAAGCACAGUUUUCAUGUUCAAUGUGUGGACACAUGGCUUCUUAAGACACCCUUUUGUCCAAUUUGCAGGUCUAAUGCUAAUUCUCAUAGUGGAAACCAAGUUACAGGUAACAGUGACUACUUGGUAGCACCAAAUAGUCAGCAACAUGACAACAUGGUGGUUUUGGUACAGCUGAGAGAAAACCUAGAAAAUGUUCAGUCAACAAAUGUUGUCAUGGAAAAUCCAACAUUAGGAAGUCAUAACUUGGUCAGAGAGGAGUAGAAUCAAGAGAAGACCAAGAACAGAUUCAACUGAAAUCAGAUAUCAGCUACCAUUUUGCUUCAUGCUGAAGAAUUUGCAACUUUGUGAAGGGUAGCUCAAAAAAUGAACAUUGUUGAGAUAUUUGAAUGAUGAACAACUAGUCUUCUAGUAUUAUCAUAGUUAUUAUGAUUUUUGCUCCAUUUGGUUGUGAUCAAGUUUGUUUUCAUUGUCCCUUUUGAAUCACAAGUACUUCGUUAAUUGCUUGGUAGAUUAUUGAACACUUAAACUGAUGUAGAACUUUCUCAAUGAAAAUAAUUUCGGUUCCUACUCUUUAA